GUGCAGCUAAUAGACUGUCGCAUCACGUUGUUGUUGUUUAUACCGGUUAGCAUCGCUAACACCGGGAGGCUACGGGAGGAGCUGGCGGUAAAACACCCCGGAAAAUAAGUGUUUCCUCAUUGUAACUACACUUGGGACCUGAAAUAUUCAUUAAUCUUUGUGCACGGGUCCACUGCUGCCUCCCCAUGCAGAACUCCAUGAAAUGAAUAAAGCACCACAGCCUAUAGCAGGACCCCCCUCCACCCCCCACCCUGCCCCCUCCCCUGGUCUUUCACAGCCCCCAUUCCCCCCUCGUGUUGUGUUUGCCACCCCCCCACCUCCACUGAUGAACCCUGCACCGCAGCCCCGACAGUUUGCCCCUGGGCCCCGACCUUUGCACCAACAGGGAAGCUUCAGGUCAUUGCAGCCCUACUUCGCCAACAGGGCCAGCAUGGCUCCCAACAGCGGGCCCCGGGGUGUCCCACCCAGCAGCGCCCCUCGCCCUGUGACACCCAGCCACGUGUACCAGCCCGGCUCCCAGAUGAUGAUGAUCCCUCAGCAGCAGUUACCCUUCCCCAACUCCCCGCAGGCUCCUGCCUUCUUCAUCCCAGGACAGUACCGGUCACCAGCAUAUGUGGCCACACCUCAGCAAUAUCCAGUCCCAACAGGCACCCCAGGAUAUUACGCCGGCACCAGUCCUGCUGAAUAUGGUACUUAUGCAGGGGCGUACUACCCCGCGCAGCCUCAGUUCACCCCCCCGGUGCAGGCUGCACCGGUCAUUAUGAACCCGGCCCCCCAACAGCAGCCACCACCACCUCAGCCCUCCCAGCACAUCCAUACCAAACGGGAACGGAAGCAGAUUAGAAUAAGAGACCCGAACCAAGGAGGUCGAGACAUUACAGAGGAGAUUAUGUCCGGGGGCCGUAGUGGCUCCACCCCAACCCCCCCACAGACGGCUAUAUCUGGAUCAGAAACUACAGUAGUGCCCCAGGCCAACGGUGAGAGCAUCACAGCUGCUGUUCCACCAGCACUGGUUAGACCAGAUGAGAGGGGGAAAUCUACUCCACCUCCUCUGUCACAGACCCCUGAACUUAAAAAGGGUGACCCCGUCCCUACAGAGACUACCUCCUUUGAUACAAACACUAAGCCAUCCACACCCCCCCUUCGCUUAGAAUCAGAGAGCCCCACUCUAAACACGAUUUCCACGCGUGUACCCAAUGCUCCUGUUGCAGAUGUGAUGGAUGCUCCCUUGCCUCCAAAGGUACCCGCACCGACUCCCCAAUCAGCCCCGGAGGUGCCUGCCUACCCUGCACCCCUCCCUGAUCCGGUUCCCACUGCUGCUGUACAGACUAAAACAGACCUAGAGGAGAAAGAGGAGGAGGAGGAGGUGGUGGUGGUGAAAGAAGAGAUGACAGUAGAAGAGUCAAAUACCUCUUUGGACACAUCCAGUUCUCGGCUCUCCAGCACCAAUGGUGUGGAAGAGAUGGAGCGAGAGAGCCCUUCAGUCACGUUACCACCCACUCCCCUGGAGGACACUCUGGAGUCGCCUAUUGCUCAGCCUGAGGAGCUCUGCCUUCCCAAUGGUCUCCCGCUCCCAGCACCCCGGGAUCCCGACGCCCGCGCCGUCAGCACCGCUGAGCAGGAUGACAGUCCCAUCGCUGAGCCGGACGUCAGCCUGCCGCCCGUCACGCAGGCCGACACGACCGUCGCUGACGCAGCAGCACAACGCAGUGUUGAGGUCGCACCCACAGCCGUAGACCAGCCUGCAACUACACCCGCUAUCAAGGAAAGCCCUGCUCAAGCACUCGUCCAGGAAACCCCAACUCCCCCCGAGGUGGAAAACACAGUUCCCCAGGCUGACGUGGACCUGCAAGAUGAUACGCCAAUGCACCAGUCCGAUGCCAAGGAAGAGAGGGAAUCUCCUGCAGGGAUGAUUUCCAUAGCUGAUAACCCACCAGAAGCACUGCCCGCUGUUCCCACUGUUCCCACUGUUCCCACUCCCACAGCAGAAGAGAGAGAGGGCACUCCUCCUCCUCCUCAGCCUGCUUCCCCCGCCCCUACAGAAACUACUAUGCAAGCUGCUGUCUCUGUGCCAAAGAAGAAGCGGAAAAUGAAGGAUCUGAACAAAAAGGAGGCGGUGGGGGACCUCUUAGAUGCCUUUAAGGAGGAGCAGAAAAUCCCAGCGGAGCCUGAGCCAGCCCCGGUCCCCUCACCAGAACCACAGCCUCCUGCUGCCUCUCCAGCCGCCACGGAGGAGGCAGACCUGACCUGGGAGGACAAGGAGGACAAGGAGCACAAGGAGGACAAGCUGGACGCAGAGAACAUCCAGCCGGAUCCCAAAGAAAACGCCACUGACAAGAAGUACCAGUACAAAGAGGAACAAUGGAAGCCUAUCAACACGGAAGAAAAGAAGCAAUACGACCGAGAGUUUCUUCUUGGGUGCCAGUUCAGGUCCGCCAGCAUGAACAAGCCGGAGGGCUUGCCGGCCAUCAGCGACGUUGUCCUGGAUAAGGCAAACAAGACUCCUCUCCGUCAACUCGACCCCAGUCGCCUGCCAGGGAUGAACUGCGGUCCCGACUUCACGCCUUCCUUCGCCAAUCUGGGCCGGCCUGGCAUGGGAGGAGGAAACAGAGGGCCGCCUCCAGGAAUGGGCAUGGGAGUCGGCGGUCCCCGUCGCUCCCAGCAGCUCCAGAGGAAAGAUCUCAGGAAGAUCAUCCCCAGCAUGUCUCUCACCGAGGACGUGCAGCUCAACAAGGCCGAGAAGGCCUGGAAACCUUCUGUGAAGAAAAGCGCUCGCAGCCGCGUGGCAGACGAGGUCGAUGAGAACGACCCCGAGCAGUUAAAGACGUACGAACUGUUUAAACAAGUCCGCAGCAUCCUCAACAAACUGACCCCUCAGAAGUUUCAGCAGCUAAUGAAGCAGGUGAUGGAGCUGACUAUUGACACGGAGGAGAGGCUGAAGGGCGUCAUCGACCUCACCUUUGAGAAGGCCCUCUCCGAGCCCGACUUCUCAGUGGCCUAUGCAAACAUGUGCCGCUGUCUUUCGGGGCUCCAAGUCACGACCACAGACAAGCCGGGAGCCUCUGUGAAUUUCCGCAAACUGCUGCUAAAUCGCUGCCAGAAGGAGUUUGAGAAGGAUAAGGAUGAUGAUGAGAUCUUUGAGAAGAAGCAGAAAGAGCUGGACGCUGCAUCAGGGGGGGAGGAGAAGCAGCGGCUCAUGGACGAGCUGGUAGUCGCUAAGGACCAGGCGAGGAGGCGCUCCAAUGGCAACAUUAAGUUUAUCGGUGAGCUGUUUAAGCUGAAGAUGCUCACAGAGGUCAUCAUGCAUGACUGCAUAGUAAAGCUGCUGAAAAACCACGACGAGGAGUCGCUGGAGUGCCUGUGCAGGCUGCUGUCCACCAUCGGCAAGGACCUGGACUUCGAGAAGGCUAAGCCUCGUAUGGAUCAAUACUUCAAUCAGAUGGAGAAGAUAAUAAAAGAAAGGAAAACCACAUCCAGAAUCCGCUUCAUGUUGCAGGAUGUGCUGGACCUCCGAAGGAACAACUGGGUGCCUCGGCGAGGCGACCAGGGCCCCAAGACCAUCGACCAGAUCCACAAAGAGGCCGAGCUGGAGGAGCACAGGGAGCAGAUGAAGGUGCAGCAAGCGAUCAUUUCAAAGAAGGAGUCGGGCGGAGGCCCAGGAGGCAGGAUGGGCGGCGGGGGCCGGGCCGGGCCUCACACCCCGGGCCGGGGCGCUCCUCCCCAGGACGAGGGCUGGAACACAGUGCCCAUCUCCAAGAACCGACCCAUCGACACCUCUCGCCUUAGUAAAAUCACAAAGACGCCCGUUCUUGACUUCAACAACCAGCUGCUCGCUCCAGGAGGUAAAGGCACGUGGGGGAGCUGGGGCAAGGGCAGCAGCGGUGGAACCAGUGCCAAACCAGCAGAGUCUGAGUCGGGAGGCCGCCCCGCCACCCUGAACAGGUUCUCAGCCUUACAGCAGGCUCCGUCCCCGUCAGGCGCGUCCGUGGACUCAGACAGAAGAGUUCCUCAGAGAAACAGCUCCAGUCGAGACCGCAAUGAUCGUUUCGAGCGCUCCGACCGGAGCGGCGAGCGCUUCGACCGGCGGGACGAGCGGAGGGACGACCGCGAGCGGAACCGCCUCCAGGUCACCAAGCGCAGCUUCAGCCGGGAGACGGAGCAGCGCGGGUCAGCCGACCCCAUCCACAGGGUGGCCAGCAUGACGGACAACCGGGAGCCGAGCGGCAGAGAGCGAGCCCGGAGCAAAGACAGCGUGAAGCGGGAGACGGCUACACCCCCCCCACGCCCCCAGACCCCCACCAAGCCUGCCUUGACGGAAGAAGAGAUGGACAAAAAGUCAAUGGCUAUCAUUGAGGAGUAUCUCCACAUCAACGACAUGAAGGAGGCUGUGCAGUGUGUGCAGGAGAUGUACAGCACUCAGCUGCUGUUUGUGUUCGUCCGAAACGGGCUGGAGUCCACCCUGGAGCGCAGCACCAUCGCCAGAGAGCACAUGGGCCUGCUGCUGCAUCAGCUCUACAAGAUGGCCAUCCUGCCAACACAGCAGUUCUACAAAGGGCUUCAGGAGAUCCUGGAGGUGGCUGAAGACAUGGCCAUAGACAUCCCCCACAUGUACCUGUACCUGGCCGAGCUGAUCACACCCAUGCUGCACGAGGGGGGCAUCCCCAUGGGAGAACUCUUCAGGGAGAUUUCCAAGCCUUUGAUCGCUCAGGGCAAAGCUGGAGUCCUGCUGGUCCAAAUCCUCACUAUACUGUGCAAAGGAAUGAGCCAUAAGAAGACGGGGGCGAUGUGGAGGGAGGCCAGCCUCCGGUGGACAGACUUCCUUCCCCAGGAUGUAGACAUCAACAAGUUUGUGACAGACAUGAAUGUGGAGUUCACUUUGGGCGAGGAGUCAGAAAAGAGCAGAAAGAAGGAGCUGAGUUAUGCGGAGCUGAGCCAACAGCUGGACAGGCUGGUCCAGGACAAGGCCGAGAAUCAGAGGAUUUUUGACUGGGUGGAGGCCAACCUAGAUGACCAGCAGACUUCCUCCAACAUCUUCGUCAGAGCGCUGAUGACCUGCAUCUGCCAGGCAGCGAUCAUCGGUGAGAACCCCUACAAGGUGGAUGUAGAGCUGAUCAGCCGGAGGGCCAAACUGCUGCAGAGAUACCUGAAGGACGAGCAGAAGGAGCUGCAGGCUCUCUACGCCCUGCAGGCCCUGAUGGUGCAGCUGGAGCAGCCGGCCAAUUUGCUGCGGAUGUUCUUUGACGCCCUUUACGACGAGGACGUGAUCAAAGAGGAGGCCUUCUACAAGUGGGAGUCCAGCAAAGACGCCGCCGAGCAGCAGGGCAAGGGCGUGGCCCUCAAGUCCGUCACCGCCUUCUUCACGUGGCUCUGCGAGGCCGAGGAUGAGUCUGACAACAGCUAGGUGCCGCCGCCGGCACCGGGAAGGAUCCUCUGGUAGAGUGAAUGUUCUGUUGAGAUUCAGAAGAGUCUGAAUCAGCAAAAUCCUUCUGCAUAAACAGAAAAAAAUUAGAAAAAAAUUCUUCAAGUGGGAGAGAUUGUAUUAUGGAUCGAAGGUUCGAUCGUUCUUUGUUUGUGUUUGUUUUUGGGUUUCAUGUAUUACCCCGGGCAAAAGAAUGUCUUUUUUUAAAUAAAUAGAAAUACAGGAUUAAAUAGAGAGUAUAUAUGUGAGAGAGAAUGCUGUGGAGGACAAUGUAAUACAGUUUACUUCAGUGUUUCCCUUUGGGCUUAUUUUGAAUGGAUUUUUCCUCACGUUGGCAAUGCUAUUCAAAGGUUUUUGCUUAAUGGACAAAAAACAUGUAGAAGCUGUUUGCAUCUAUAUUUUUAAUGAAUUUGUGUUCAGCAUGUGGACAGGACGCAGCAACUCUGUCAUGCCACGUUUUGUUCUACAUGAUAUGCAUAUGUAGACGAAUGGCUUCUUUUUUCCCCUCGAGCUUCGGAUGAAGGGAGUGGAUGUUUUAUAAUAAAAUAGAAAACUACAAAGAAGAGUGGUGUGGCUGUCGGAGGGGCUCCAGACGGGAGCAGCGGGGACAGUUGGAGACUCCAACUUUCACCAGACUCGCCCAGGACGGUUUCACUCGAGAGAGUCGACGAACUUUGGCCAUUUUGCUGCUGGGGGGGUGACGAUGCUUCCCCAGCCCCGCCUUCCACGCCGCCCUCCAGCGUAUCUGCUUCACUCGUUUCCUGUGCUUCAAAAGAACUGUGGACUGACAAAGGGAGCGCACGGGCGAGGGUUCACGGUGGCAGAACGUCCUCAGAGACUGGUGUCAGAUUUUAAGAGAGUGAUCACUAUUGAAACUUGAAUAAAGCAUCCGGACAACAUCGACUUUAACUACAAGGGACUUCAAGGAAAAAAAACAAACAUUGCAAAUUAAAAGGCUACUUUGCUUCCAUGAGUGGAAAUACAUUUUGGGAGAGAUCUGUAAAUAUAUGAUGGAUGGAUAGUUAGUUUGUGACCCCCCACCCCCCAAAAGCAAAGUUGCUAAUGUAACCCUUCUCCCUCUGACACACAACUGCAGUUUUCUCCUGUAUUUAUAUUUUUCCUCUCCUCAGCUGGCAGAAGGUGCUUGUAAUUAUUCAACUCAUUGAUUACAAUUUAAUUGAAAAUUUGUAUAUAGUUUUUUUUCUUUUUUUGGCUUCUUUAUUAAAAAGAUAUUUAAUUACAGAAAAAAGAAUGUUUCAUUUCACGCCCAAAACCGGAAGAGCAAAUAAAUACGGGUGCAGAUGAAAGUGAAUCACACGCAGGGGCCUCGUGGAUGAAGGGGUGAAGGGGUGAGGCCUCAUCGAAGUAUGGCCCUCAGUUUUUUGUUGUAUUUUUUAUAUUCUGUGAUGUAUUAGCUGAGUGUAGGAGGAAAAAGGCCAUGAAACACAAGAAUGGUUCCUUAAAAGUUGCAUUUCACUUUGUUUCCACCCACAGGUUUUGGUUUCUGAACGUAUGAAUCAUUUAUUUUCCUCCUCGGGCUUGAAGCGCCGCAGUAUCUGAAUCCAGUAAAACCUGAGGGUGAAUGUUGAAACAAAAAAACAAAGUAAAUAUUCAGACAUGAUCUACGAUGCAAAGGUUUUUUUGUAGAUUAAGAC